AUGAAAAAACUGGUUUGGACAUCCAUUCACGAACCACCACCUCUGAAAGAUGACUGGAAAGAAUAUGUUGCUCAUCCAUCUAAAUUAAUUCGAUCAGAUGAUAAUACAUUGAAUACACCGGAGUCCAAUAUCAUGAUAUUACAAAUUUCCUUUUCUCAUAAUGUAAAAAGAAAAAUCAAAUUUAUGAUUUAUGUGUCUUCUAAAACAAACGUGGACCCAACGAAAAGCCGUUCGUGGUUUAGAAAUGCAGAAUGUUUAGAAUUGUUGGGUAGAGAUGAACGAUUGUUUUUUCAACAAUGUAGCAAAUUGGAUUGCCUCUCAAAAUUUCCAUAUUAUGGAGACUUUCAUGUCAAAAUGCGAAACGGCGAAGAGACCGGCUUUGCCAUUAACAGUGAGCGAUGGGAGAAAUUUCCAUCAAAAUUUAGAUUUAUUUGCAUACCAUAUGAAUCAGUCAAUGGUAAAAAACACAUUCUUGAGGAAUAUAUUACCAUCACACAAGAUGAUAUUGAGCGGCCAAAACAUUCACUUCAGCAAGUUGGUCUUCAGAGUAAGAAAAAUCCUUCUAUUGACAUGUAUCUCAUGAUGAACGUUCUUAGAUAUCAUUAUGAAAAUGGGUCUCCACACGACAAAAAAGCUAUUGAAGAAUGUUUUGUGAAUGCUCUCAGUUUAGAAACCUUAGAAAAGUGUCACAAGGGAUUUCUUGAAGAUUUACAGGAAAUAGAGGAAGAUCAACAGUGA